GCGGCGGCCGGGGCCGCGGGUGAGGAUGCGGCGGCUGCUGUUGGCGCUGGCCUGGCUCGGUGCGACCCUUCCCGCAGGGGCGGCGGAGCGGAGCGCAGGCGGCCCCGAGCCGGUGCGGUACCGCACGGCCGAGAUGGCGGACGCGAUGCUGGGCAGCGGGGCCCUGGCCGAGCAGCCCGUGGUGCUGUCGGCGGUGCCGGCCGAGGCGAGCGGCGGCCCGGCGGGGGCUUGCGAUGGGGCGGCCGCGGGCGAUGCGCGCGGGCCGGCGGGGAGCGGCCCCGCGGCCUCCCAGGCCCGGGAGCAGCCCGUGCUGGAGCCCGUGCUGCCCGCGCCCGCUGAGGAGCAGAACGGCACCGACAGCGCCAAGGCUCCCAAAGUGAACUGCGAGGAGAGGAACACGACGAGCGUCGACCGCUUCACGCUGCAGAUCCUGAACGUGUCCCAGGACCUGAUGGAGUUCCUGAACCCAAAUAGCAGUGACUGUACAUUGGUCCUGUUCUACACACCGUGGUGCCGCUUUUCUGCCAGUCUGGCACCUCAUUUUAACUCUUUGCCCCGAGCAUUUCCAACUCUUCGCUUCCUGGCACUGGACGCAUCCCAGCACAGCAGUUUAUCAACUAGAUUUGGAACUGUGGCUGUACCAAAUAUCCUCCUUUUCCAAGGUGCUAAACCUAUGGCUAGAUUUAAUCAUACAGACAGAACGCUGGAAACCCUGAAAGACUUCAUCUUUAACCAGACAGGGAUAGAAGCUAAAAGUGAUGUGGCUGUGACAGAGGAAGACUGGGAAGGGCCCUUGCCAAGUGUUCUGACGAAGGGCAUAGACUGGCUGCUCCUGUUCUCUGUGCUCUUCCUGGCUGGCUUUGUCAUGUAUGCCACCGUUCGAACCGAAAGCAUUCGGUGGCUCAUCCCGGGACAAGAGCAUGAACAUCAGGAAUAACCUCAGGUGUUCCAACAGGGACAAAAAUUUCCACUUAUUGGUAAAGUGGGAAUUUCUAUGGAAUAAGAAUGAACUGUUGAAUUUGUUGGCUGUAUUUAUAAUAAUGACUAAAAAUUGGCUUUAUUUAUCAACUGCUGCAUCUGUAACAAGCACAUUUGUGGUGAUUACAGUGGUAAGUAAACAAGUAUGAAAAAACAUGAACUAAAGUUUUUAUUAAGCUGCUCUGAUUGACUUCUUAAUGGAAUUUGAUGUAAUUAGUAGUACAGUUCUAAUAUGUAGAUCAGGGAAGAUUUUUACAGCACAUGGGUCUGUACGUGCUGUGUACGUGCUUGCAUGGCACUGCAAGGAAAGCACUAGUGAGGGGAGGUGCUGGUACAUUAGUUUCACUGUCCAUAAAAUGAAUUACGAAGAUGUUUUGAAUGAUUUUUCACUCCCAUGGAGGUUCCCACCUCUGGCACUGGAGUUCAGUGCUGGUUUUCUCAUUCUCUUUGCUCUGAGUUUUGACUUAUUAGCAAUUUUUUAUGAGAUUUAGAGGCACUUCCCAAGCUCACCUCACUAUUUCUGUGUGUGUAUGUAACUUAUUUACCACAUUUCUCUUGGAUGAAAUUGUAUUAAUUGUCCUUUACAAAAAAAUAAAUAAGGU